AUGAGACAUGGUGCUAGAUCUCAUUAUGAAGAUAAUGUACCGAAAGAAUUCUUUGAUGGUGUUGGAAAAGGCCAUUUGACUCGUAGAGGCAGAAUUGAUCAACUUAGAGUAGGGUAAGCACGUCGUAGAGAAUAUAUCGAACAAAAGAAACUACUAAGUCCAUCAUACAAUCCAAAGGAAAUAUUCUCAAUUUCCACUUUCAAAAAACGUUGCAUUGAUAGUGGUAGACAUUUCCUACAGGGUCUCUACCCAUUGUAAGAGCAUAAAUUUUAAGAGGACUUUUGGCACCAAAAAGAUGAAAACAGUCCUCUAUAAGGUACAAUGUAUGAUAGAGUACUCUCAAUUAUUGAAGAUCACUAUAAGCAAUGCUUUGCUGGACCUGUUAUUGAAAUUGAUCACAUAUCUGAUCUAAUGAUGCAUACUAGAAACUGCAGAACUUUGCAUAAAUAUCUGAAUCAAGAUUUGUUUGAUGUUCAAAUGCUUGAAAACAUGAUGCAGUAAUAUUUUGGAGAGGAAACAAUUAACUCUACUAGAGCCAUUAUGGAAAACUACUUUGAAAAAAAUAUCACAAAGCUAAGACAGUAUUUUACAUUAUUAGAUGCAACUGUUGCUGAGCAUUAUUAAACUGAAGAUCCAAGUAUAAGACACUUCUAAAGACAAGAGUGUUUCAUUCUAGCAAAUAACUUUGUAGGUCCUGAGACAAUCCACGCUGAUAUCUUUGUGAGCAGAGUUUUAGUCCCAACUUUUGAACUCCUUGAAAAAGCUAUAAAAAACAAAGACACCAAUACUCCUUUUGAUUUGAAAUUCCUUCAAGUCACUUUCCAUGAUACAAAUCUUUCUAAUCUUCUCAGAUUCUUGAAGUAUUUCGACACUUAUGGCUUUGAUAAAUUCGUUAGAUUUUCAUCGUCACUUAGAAUUGAACUUUUAAGAGAUAUCAACGACCCUGCUGUUCAAGAUUAAUAAAACUUUUCAGAGUACAGAUUCAGGGUUAACUUUGAUAAUGAAGAUUUGAAAUUGCCAUUCUGUACUGACCUCUACUGUAGCUAUGAUGAAUUUAUGACAUACAUGAGACAGAACUUGAUCUUUGAUUAUGAAGAGGUUGAAAAGUACUGUGAUGGUAAAAUGGGAAGUGAGUACGUAAAUGAGCUCAAAUUCAAGUGA